UCCCUUUGCCCUUUCUCCCUGGGCAAUCUAAAAUGCUGCAAGGAGACCACGGAGGCCACCACCAGGCCCCCUCCCUCAGGGCGAUCUCCCAGCUGUGAAUCACAGCCACCACUCAGGCUGUGCAGGCUGGGGGCUAGGGAAGGAUGAGGAGAAGCCAGCCUGAGAUCGCGUUUACUGUGGGUUAACUGCAGAGAGAGGUGAGAACAGCACUCAUAAUAAUCACUUACCUGCCCUGGAACAGCACCAUGUGUAGUAGGUGCUCAGAGAGUAUAUGUCAAGUGAAUAAACAACGGGCUGUUGAGAAAGCACAAGGGAGCUGGAAAACCUGUGAGCCAAACGAGGGAGUGUGAAGCCUUGAGCAGGGCACUGCCCCUGCCCCUCUCUGGGCCUGUUUUCUCAUCUAGACUGUGAGAGAGUUCAGCUAGAUCAGGGGUCGGCACAAUAUCGCCCAUGGACCAGAUCUAGUCCCCUUCCUGUUUUUUUUUUGUUUGUUUGGGUUUUUUUGGUUUUUUAUUUUUUUACAGACUUUGAGCUAAGAAUGUAUUUUACAGAUAACAUCAAUUAAUAUCAGCUAAUGAUAGGGAACAAUAACUGUCAACCCUAAUUAAGCAAAAUAUUAUCCCUGCAAAAAAAAUUUCAUUCUUUAUUCCAUUUAUAGACCUGCAUUACAAAAAACUAUAGUCAGUUAUUAUAUUUUGAAUUUAGUCAAAAACCACUUUGUGGCAUAUACCUACAUAGUACCUUAAGUUUUGCUUCUUGGCCUGCAGAACCUAAAGUAUUUACUCUCUGGCCUGUUACAGGAAAGUUUACUGACCCACGGACUAGGUUGUCUCUGAGGCUCUUUGAGCUCUGGUGCUUCCCUGUGGGGGUGUGGGUACAGGGGAAGGGAGGAAGUUCCUGGAUCCUUGUUUCUCUCUCCCUCCCACAGGCUUCCACAAGGUCAUGGAGGGCAUCCACAAGGCCAUCGAGCUGGGCUACAGCCCUGUGAAGGUGAACUGUGUGGUGAUGCGAGGCCUGAACGAGGACGAACUCCUGGACUUUGUGGCCUUGACUGAGGGGCUGCCCCUGGAUGUGCGCUUCAUAGAGUACAUGCCCUUUGAUGGCAACAAGUGGAACUUCAGGAAGAUGGUCAGCUACAAGGAGAUGCUGGACACAAUCCAGCAGCAGUGGCCGGAGCUAGAGAAGCUGCCAGAGGAGGAAUCCAGCACAGCCAAGGCCUUUAAAAUCCCUGGCUUCCAAGGCCAGAUCAGCUUCAUCACAUCCAUGUCCGAGCAUUUCUGUGGGACCUGCAACCGGCUGCGAAUCACAGCCGAUGGGAACCUCAAGGUCUGUCUCUUUGGGAACUCAGAGGUGUCUCUACGGGAUCACCUGCGGGCAGGGGCCUCCGAGGAGGAGCUGCUGAGAAUCAUCGGGGCGGCCGUAGGCAGGAAGAAGCGGCAGCAUGCAGGUAUGUUCAGUAUUUCCCAGAUGAAGAACCGGCCCAUGAUCCUCAUCGAGUUAUUUUUGAUGCUCCAAGAUUCCCCACCAGCUAAUUCAAGCCUUGCCCCCUGGGACCCCCUUGAUGUUCAGGGUCUGAGACCCAGAGUGAGUUUCUCCAGCUGGAUGAUGACUUUGUGGAAAGGAUGCAGAGUCUCCCAAACCCCUCCCCUAGCCCAGCAGUGGCUGGGGUCAGGGUCACCUCAGAGACACUACAGUUCCCACAUGGAUUCUGAAACCAACUCAAAGUGCCUUAGCCCAGUGUCUCAGGCUCCUGCUGCCCCAUCAGGAUCCCUGCCAACCUCACACCAACUAACCCAUUUGGACUCAGAAGGACGAGCAGCUAUGGUAGAUGUGGGCAAGAAGCCAGACACAGAGCGGAUGGCCGUGGCCUCAGCCCUGGUCCUCCUGGGGCCUGUGGCCUUUAAGCUCAUCCAGCAGAACCAGCUAAAGAAGGGAGAUGCGCUGGUGGUGGCCCAGCUGGCUGGAGUCCAGGCAGCCAAGCUGACCAGCCAACUGAUUCCUCUCUGCCACCACGUGACCCUGAGCCAUAUCCAGGUGCAGCUGGAGCUGGACAGCACGCGCCAUGCCGUGGUGAUCCAGGCAUCCUGCCGGGCUCGGGGCCCCACCGGGGUGGAGAUGGAGGCCCUGACCUCAGCUGCUGUGGCUGCCCUCACCCUGUACGACAUGUGCAAGGCUGUCAGCCGGGACAUCGUGUUGGGGGACAUCAAGCUCAUUAGCAAGACAGGGGGCCAGCGGGGAGACUUCCGUCGGGCUUAGAGCUCCUGGCCCCUCUCACUCGUGGGCCCCCAGGUCUAGGGAUGGGAUGUAGUUUCGCCUGAGGGAAAGAUGUCACAUUUCUUUAAUUGCGGUCACUGUUUACCUUCACCAGUAGGAACUGGAGGUUAGCCUACUCUACUAGAGAUCUCUAAUGACCUGUGGGGCUUUGUUUAUACACAGAGGACACUGGCAGGCCCUUAAGCCUUCCAGGACACUGUCACAGGGGGGGUUGCAACAAGCAAUGCUGG